UUAGCUUAUAUAUAACAUAUAUUAAUCCUUUUGAGCAUCCUUGCAGAUCCAACGUCCUUUUCCCUCAUACAGUUCUUGUACAUAUAUGUAUAUAUCAAUUUACGGUCAAGAUCAAGUUGUACGUACAAUGGAAGUCGUUUCAGAGACAAGCAGCAUUUGGGUAAGUUUGACAAUCGUUUUGAUAAUUGCGUUUUGGAAAUAUUAUCAUAAGAAGGUGUCAGGUGGCGGCGGAAGAAGGUUAAAGCUUCCUCCAGGGAGCUUUGGGCUGCCAUUGAUUGGCGAGACGAUGAGUUUUGUGAAAGCUCACAAGGAAAGUAAGAUCGGAGAGUGGGUGGAUGACCACGUGGCGAAACAUGGGUCGUCGAUUUUCAAGACUGUUCUGAUGGGCAGCAAGACAGUCGUGAUAACAGGCCAAGCUGGUAACAGAUUUAUUUUAAGUGGAAGUGAUAAUGGGAUUGCGGCUAAUCAGCCGGCUUCUGUGCGUUCGGUUCUUGGUAAACACAGCAUCUUUGAGCUUGCAGGAGGAAGACACAAGCUUGUUAGAGGUGGAAUGACGAGGUUUUUGGGGCCGGAAAGUAUACAAAGAUAUGUUGGUCAAAUGGAUUCUCUGGUCAAUCAGCAACUCUCUCAGGAACUAAAUGGGAAAAUUUCAGUAAAGAUGGUUGAAUUGAUGAAGAAAAUCACAUUAAGAGUUACUUGCAGUUUGCUGUUUGGAUUGGAUGAAGACAAAGAGAAAGAUGAACUAUCCAUGGAUUUCACAACUCUCCUGCGAGGUGUGUGGUCUUUCCCUAUAAAUUUUCCAGGGACGACAUGUUGGAAGUCAAUGAAGGCUCGACGUAGGAUCGUUAACAAGCUCUCGAAACUCGCUGCACGGAGAAGGAUAGAUUUGGAAGAAGGGAGGUUAAAUUGCGAAGCAGAUGUUAUCAGUUGUUUGGUUUCCUUGAGAGAUGAGAAUGGACAUCCAUUGUUAGAAGAGGAAAUUGUUGAUAAUCUACUUUCAUUAAUGAGUGCAAGUCAUGAUACAAUUACUGUUCUUCUAAGCCUUUUUAUCAGACAUUUAGCAAUAGAUUCCACCGCUUAUAACAAAGUACUUAAAGAGCAAAUGGAAGUUGCCCAAGCUGUAGAAGCUAAUAAUGGAGAGAAGCUUGGAAUGAGGGAAAUCCAAAUGAUGAAAUACACAUGGAGUGUAGCCCAAGAACUCAUGAGACUUACCCCUCCUGUUUUCGGCGGCUUUAGAACUACUUGGAGAGACACCAGCUUUGGUGGCUAUGACAUCCCCAAGGGAUGGAAGGUGCUUUGGGUGGCUUCCGGAACCCAUAUGGAUGAAAAUUUGUUUCAAGAUCCCAAAAAAUUUGAUUCAUCACGAUUUGAGGGUUCAGUAAAAUCUGUACCUCCAUACACUUAUGUUGCAUUUGGAGCGGGUAUGAGAUUUUGCCCUGGCGCAGAUUUUGCUCGGAUUGAAGUACUACUUGUAAUUCAUCAUUUAAUAAAAAAUUACAAGUGGACUCAACUUAUUCGAGACGAGCCGAUAAUUCAAGAUCCAUUGCCUUAUCCCGCAAUGGGUCUUCCAGUCAAGCUUUGUCCCAUAAAUACCUUAUAGAGAUAUCCAAAUCUUCGUCAAAUAAAAUGCUUUUAGCUGUCACUUUGAGUUUCAU